AUGCUUUUCUUUUUCGUUUCCUUCUCUUUCUACUUCUUCUUUUCCGAUCUUCUUUCUCUUUGCAUUCAUCCUCUUCUUUCUCCUUCGAAAGAUGUCACUUCUUUUACUUAUACAUGGUUUUAUCAUUUCUUUACUUCUUUGCUAUUUUUUUCUUUUUUUCUUCUUUUGCGUUUUCUUCUUUCUUUUUUUUUUUUUGUUCUUUUUUUCUUUUCCUUUUUUUAUGCAAUGAUAUUAGCGUUUAUUUUUUUCUAUAACUCCUUCAUUUUUUCACUUAAUCUCCUCCCGUAUUAUUUCAAAUUUUUCCUUUUCUAUCUUUCUUUUCAUUUAAUUUUUUUUUCUUAUUAUGGCUUCUAUUUGCUCGUUACUCGUCACUCUCGUUUCGAUUCACUUUUUAUUAUCUUUUUUUCAUUUUCUUUCUCUUUCUAUUUAGCUACAAAUUUAAUACAUUUACCACCUUUUCCUUUCGACAUUUUAAUACAUCUUUUCUUACUAAUGUACUAUUUCUCAUUUUGCGGCUUAUUUCUUUCUUUUCUAUCUCUCUAUUUAUCUUCAACUCUUUCAUUUUAUUUCUAUAUAUACUCCCCGCACUUCCUUUUUAAUAUUCUUUUUCUUUCAAUUUAUCUAACACUUUCCAUUUUUUUCUUUUUAGUUUCCUUUCCUACUUUCUUGUCUGAAAGAGGUUCUUUCUUUCUUUCUUUUUCUUUCUUUCUUUUUUUAACUGUCCUCCAUUAUUUAUUUCAAAUUUUUUUCUUUUAUUUUUCUCUCAUUUUAUUCGUUUUAACAUGGCUUCCAUUUUCCAGACAUUACACUUCACUCUCUCUUACACGGUUUCAAAAUUUGUUUAUUCACUCCUUUUUCUUUUAUUUUCUGCAUUUUUUUUUUACCGAUGACUACACUUCCUUCCGACUUUCGUCAACAUCGUCUCUUCUCGUCGUGUCACCAGUAAGCGACAGUCAGAAAAGACUUCAUCGACAGGGCAAAAAUAUCCCACCUUUCCCGCUGGUAAGUUUCUUCUUCUUCUUCUUCUUCUUCUUCUUCUUCUUCUUCUUCUUCUUCUUCUUCUUCUUCUUCUAUGUGUCGUGUUUCCUUUAG